AAAAAUGGCAAAGAGAAUUGCAGAGAAGGAACUGACUGACCGAAACUGGGAUCAGGAGGAUGAAGCUGAGGAGGUGGGAACGUUCUCGGUAGCUAGCGAAGAAGUCCUGAAGAACAGAGCUAUUAAAAAAGCAAAGCGCCGGAAUGUUGGAUCAGAGUCUGAAAGUGGAGGAGCUUUUAAAGGGUUUAAAGGCUUUACAUUGCCUUCUGGAAAAGGAGGAGGAGGCUUCAGCGGAUUUGGUAAUGGUGCAGGAAUAAAGCCUUUAGAAGGGCUGUCUAAUGGAAGCAGUAGUGUCUCUAGCAGUCCUUCUUUCACCAGUUUAAAGACCACCUCUGAAACACAAUCAGCAUUUGGAUCCACAAUGUCAAAUGGUCCUUCUACUACUGCAUUUGCUGAGAAAAAGGCUGCAAGCCCAAAAGCUAAUGGUGGCAGUCAACCAUCCUCAUCUGGCUACGCUCAGAGUAAAGUUUGUAGCUCUAGUGUUUACCACAAACAGUUAGCAGCUUUAAAUUGUUCUGUGCGUGACUGGAUAGUUAAGCACGUAAACACAAACCCACUGUGUGACCUGACACCCAUCUUUAGAGACUACGAGAAAUAUUUAGCAAAUAUCGAACAGCAACAUGGAAGCAGUAGUGAUAGCGGCUCUGAAAACGAAAGCAACAAGACACCUGGCCCUCAGUCUGUUUCUGCAUUUGGGAAUUCAAAGCUACAGCAAGGAUCAACGUUUUUGUUUAACAGCAACAAAACUGAGGAUACCUCGGACAAAAAACCUGAAGCUGCAUCUGAAAAGAAAGACCCAUCGUUAGGAGCUACAUCAACCGUCUCAUUUAAUUUUGGCAAAAGCGUCGACAGUUCUGUUUUAGGUUCCCUUGGUUCAGGAACGCUUAGUAGUUUCUCAUUUUCUCCUGGGAAUGCAGGUUUGUUUGGAAAGGAUGCCAACCAGGCUAAGUCUGUCACUGCAGUAUCCACCAAUGUGUUGGAAGCUCAGACAGAAAGUGGCAAUAGCGAUGAUAAAGGAGGAGAAGAGGAGGAAGAAGAGCCACCAAAAGUCAUUGUUAAUGAAAUAAAAGAGGAUGAUGCGUUCUACUCAAAGAAGUGCAAACUGUUCUACAAAAAGGAUAAUGAAUUUAAAGAAAAAGGUGUAGGAACAUUACACUUAAAACCAGCAGGAAAUGAAAAAACUCAACUCCUAGUCCGAGCAGAUACCAAUUUAGGAAACAUACUGUUGAAUGUUCUGAUUCCACCUAAGAUGCCAUGUACACGAACCGGAAAAAACAAUGUUCUUAUAGUUUGUGUUCCUAAUCCACCGAUUGAUGAGAAGAAUCCAGCUGUUCCUGUCACUAUGUUAAUAAGGGUGAAAACAAGCGAGGAUGCAGAUGAGUUGCACAAAAUCUUACUGGAGAAAAAGGAGGCUUAAAUAAGUUGCAGUCAGUGAUUUGAAGAGUUAUUGCCAAACUGCUGCUGCUCUUUUUUUCUUCCAUAACUUCACUUGAACACUUAACUCUUUGCUCUGAUAUUAAGAACUGUUAGAGGAAUUCUGGAAAAACUAUGUGAGGAAAAGCUAAACUAGCUAAUAAAAGCUUUAAUAGAACAUAAGUGUUGAACUGUGCUCCCUCAUUUUU